UCCUGGCCCUUUAAACCCGAGGGGGAGGAUCCGGAAGUGGAUGGGCGGGGCAAGAGGCCCUGCUAUAUAAGAGGGCCCCAACCGCGCGGGGUCUCCAAUCUGCCAUUUUCUGUCCCCGAGUGAGUCUUCGCUGCCCUGAGUCCCCUGCUGUCUUCACAGGCAGUGUUCUGCCCACCGGCCCGCCACCUCAGGGGAACGAUGGCCACAGAGUCGACAGCCACUGCUGCCAUCGCCGGGGAGCUGGUUUCCGCUGACAAAAUUGAAGAUGCCCCUGCUCCUUCUACCUCUGCAGAUAAAAUGGAGAGUUUGGAUGUGGAUAGUGAAGCUAAGAAACUAUUGGGAUUAGGACAGAAACAUCUGGUAAUGGGGGACAUUCCAUCGGCAGUUAAUGCAUUCCAGGAAGCAGCUAGUCUUUUAAUGGAGAAUGGAGUGCUGGGAAAUGCCUUGGAAGGAGUGCAUGUAGAAGAGGAAGAAGAAAAAACAGAAGAUGAAUCUUUGGUUGAAAAUAAUGAUAAUGUAGAUGAAACUGAAGGCUCAGAGGAAGAAGACAAAGAAAAUGACAAGGCUGAAGAAAACACAAAUGAAUCAGUUCUUGAAAACAAGUCUCUUCAAGAAAACGAAGAGGAGGAGAUUGGGAACUUAGAGCUUGCCUGGGAUAUGCUGGAUUUAGCAAAGAUCAUUUUUAAAAGGCAAGAAACAAAAGAAGCUCAGCUUUAUGCUGCACAAGCCCAUCUUAAACUUGGAGAAGUUAGUGUUGAAUCUGAGAAUUAUAUCCAAGCUGUGGAGGAGUUCCAGGCUUGCUUAAGCCUCCAGGAACAAUAUUUGGAAGCCCAUGACCGUCUCCUUGCAGAGACUCACUACCAGUUGGGUUUGGCCUACGGUUAUAACUCUCAGUAUGAUGAGGCAGUGACACAGUAUGGCAAAUCUAUUGAAGUCAUUGAGAAGAGAAUGGCUGUACUAAAUGAGCAGAUGAAGGAGGCUGAAGGAUCAUUUACUGAAUAUGAGAAAGAAAUUGAGGAGCUGAAAGAACUGCUACCUGAAAUUAGAGAAAAGAUAGAAGAUGCAAAGGAGUCUCAGCGUAGUGGGAAUGUAGCUGAACUGGCCUUGAAAGCUACUCUGGUAGAGAGUUCCUCUUCAGGUUUCACUGCUAGUGGAGCAGGCACCUCAGUCUCCAUGAUUGCCAAUAGAAAGCCAACAGAUGGUGCUUCCUCGUCAAAUUGUGUGACUGAUAUUUCCCAUCUUGUCAGAAAGAAGAGGAAACCAGAAGAAGAGAGCCCCCGGAAAGAUGCAAAGAAAGCCAAGCAGGAGCCAGAGCUGAAUGGAGGCAGUGGGGAUGCUGUCCCCAGUGGACAGGAAGGUUCAGAAAACAUGGAGGCUGAGGCUGAGAAUCAGGCUAAAAGCCCAGCAGCAGCAGAGGGGACAGUGGAGUCUGCAGCUACAGUUGAAGGCACUGCAUGUUAAGAGGGAACAGAACCUUUCUCCCAAGGGAAAGUGGUUUUGUACAUAAUGUAUUUUUUCACUUUUGGGGGUUCUUUUUGUAUAACUUCAAUAAAGAUUGUAGGCAACAGCUAAGGCUUUUAUGGCUUUUUCUUAAAAUAUAAUAUGCCUUGGGGCACUAGGUUGUUUUGGUGUAUGUGUUUACUGUGUAUGUUGCUGUUGGACAACCCACUUCCUGUCUAAUGCAGAGGUGAUCAAAUAUGGCUAGAUGUCCAUCUUCUGGUGCUAAGUUUCUACUUCCAAAUACUUGGCUGAAUUUUAUUGUCUUGCACUUUCAGUGGUGCUGUUCCUGGAUUGGGGGGGGGGGGUCUGCCAAACAAGAACUGGGUAGGAAUGUACUUGGUGCAGAAAAUGGAUGAUUGGAUAUGAGCCAGGUCUUGGGUUGUACCGAUUUUCUUUCACCUGGUUUCCAAUUAAGACUAUAAUCCUAUGCUGGAAAACUGAUAAAAACAUGGGAAGUGAUCCCUGAGGAAAACAGUUGGUAUGUUAAAUCAGACACAAGUUCUGACUGGAAAGGCUCAGAUUGAGGUGGGGGUAACUGGAAGAAUCUGGAGGAGAAAGUCUGAUCUGUACAUAGUAAGGUUGCAGUAUGUCAAUAAUUGGAAUUGUUCUAUUGUCUGCAGUUUUGCUUUAGAAAAAAUAAAUAUGCUAAUUAAAAAU